AUGGGUUUGAAGGGCAAGUUGGUUACUUCAGUAGAGGUAAAGUGUGAAGGACACUCGAUUCAUGAUAUGUAUCAUACUAACACUUAUCAUAUAUGCAACAUAAGUCCAUUGGUCAACCAUGUUGAGAUUCACGAAGGUGAAAUCUUUAAAGUUGGUGUGGUUAUUAGCUGGAAAUAUAUUGAAGAUGGGAAAGAAAAGUUGCUUAAGGAAGUGAUUGAAGCCAUCGAUCAUCAUGACAAGUCAAUCACCUGGAAAGUGAUCGGAGGAGAUGUGUUAGAAUUGUAUAAUUCCUUCACUAUUAUCACAUCCAAUGAACAUGAAUGGGCUACAACAACACUUAUUUACGAGAAGAAGAAUGAAGAUACUCCAGAACCCCUCGCUCUCUUAGGUGCUUUCAUAGAGCUGACCAAACAUGUAGAGGAUCACCUUCUCAUGAAAUAA